UCUCUUCUCAGAUGGGCUCUCAGUACAGCCAGCAGCAGCAACAGCAGAACAUGAGCGGUUACUGCCAGCCGGGCCAGCCGCCGUACUUCAGCCCGCCACAGCAGCAACCCGCCGCCCCCAGUCAGCCACCGUACAUGCAGCCCCGCCCACUGCCACAGCAGGAGGUGCCGCAGGAAGCUUACGGGGGCCGGGGCCAGUCUGCCGCUAUGACUCCUGGGAAACCAAACCACGAGGAGAUGAGUCUGAGUCAACAGGAGAGGCCGUCCAGUCUGCCAGACCUCUCCGGCUCCAUCGAUGAUUUGCCCACUGGCACAGAGGCGGUGGUGAGUUCGGGGGGAUCGGGCUCCGGCAGUGCUCAGGGCGACCAGGGGACUCCAGCCCGUUCUCCAUUCUCCCCGCACGUCUCCCCUCGCCUCCCUCCGCCACCUCGCACCGGACCCUCCCCCUCCCCAUCCCCCGCUGCCUCUGGCAGCCAAUCGCGAUCCGGACCUCUUUCCCCCGCCACCAGCGGACCAGGCUCUCAGAUGCCCCCUCAGGUCUCAGGUCCUGGUCCAGAUGUUGGUCCCCAUUCCUCCCAGUCUGCCAUGACUCAGGACAGAGGUUUCCCACCCACCAUGCAGCGCAGCACCUCUGGGUCUCAGUUUGGGCCCCAGCAGUCCUCUUCGUCAAUGACCCCUCACCCAGGGCCGGGGGGGCCGAUGCACCACAGCUCCUACCAGCAGGCCGGCCACUCCUAUGGGCAGUACGGCCCUCCAGGUAACUACCCGCGGCCCCCGCAUUAUGGCGGGCCGGGCCUGGGCGCGGGCUCCAGCCUGGCCAACAGCCUGGGCUUGAACGCCAGCAGUCCCAUGCACGGCCAGGGCCCGUCCACCCCAGCGGGCCGUGGUCCUGGCCCCGGGCCCGGUGUGGGUGGGCGGCCUUACCCUGCAGGAGGAGGCACAUUGGCCCCGACCUCACCUAGCAUGCCGCAGGCCACCGGGCAGGGCAUGGGGCCCCCGGGACCCAACACCAGCUGUAAGCCACCUGAGGUUGUCCCAACCACCGGACCCGGUGCCAACUCAUCAUCAGCACCGUCUACAGCAGCCAAUCAGAGCAGACCUCCCUUCGCUCGCUCACCCAUCUACCACAGCCCAUCCUGGCACACCGGUCGACCUGCCCUCUCUCCCACCCUCCACCCCUCCCACCCUCUUACCCACCCUCAUCAGCACCACUCCCAGCAGCUCAGUGCCAGUGCUCAGCCCCAGCAGCCUGCUGUGCAGGCCCCCUCUGAGCAUUAUGGGCAGGGCAGCUACCCGGGCAUGACACCGCUGGGUGCAAUGGGCCCUGGAGGUCCAGGAGGCCACGCAGGUCCUGGAGGUCCUUACAGUCAACAGCCAGGGAGUAACUCUGGGAGGAUGACGCCACAGGGACCCCCCUACAGUGCCCCACCAUCAGGCCCCGUGAUGAUGCCAGCUGAAGGGAUGGGUCCUCACGCAGAUGCCAAGCAAAGGGUGGAGCUGAGCAAAGAGGGUGUUGGUCCUGUAGGAGAGCCCAAACCCAAGGACUACAGCUCACAGUGUGUGUCCCAGCCCCCCACCCCCUGCCCCAUGUCCCCCAGCUCGGCCAGCCUGUCGUCCUGUCACGGCGAGGACAGCGAUGGCAUCAGCAGCCCCGCCUGGCUCAGGACGCCGAGCAGCCCGAAGCCCAGCGUGGCCACCAUGACCAACGAGAAGAUCACCCGGCUGUACGAGAUGGGCUCUGAGCCAGAGAGGAAGCUGUGGGUGGACCGAUACCUGUCUUUCAUGGACGAGAGGGGCACGCCUGUCCCAAACCUGCCCGCCGUCGGGAAGAAGCCACUAGACCUCUGCAGGCUGUACCUGGCUGUCCGUGACAUUGGAGGACUGGCCAUGGUGAAUAAGAAUAAGAAGUGGAGGGAGCUGUCAUCCCUGCUAAACGUGGGGACGUCCAGCAGCUCAGCCAGCUCGCUGAAGAAGCAGUACAUCCAGUACCUGUUCGCCUAUGAGUGCAAGAUGGAGCGUGGCGAGGAGCCACCACCCGAGGCCGCAGGGCCCGCCGGAGACGCCAAGAAACCUCCGUCACUCCAGGCCAAGAUCCAGCCGCCCUCCCCGGGUAAGACAGAUCUUCUGACACCGGAGAGGUUCACACUCAGCUUUGUGUCUGUUUCCAGCUGAAAGUGUAAAAAUCAG